UUAACUUUUCUUCAUCUUGUCCUUUGGUUCCAGGUGCGCUCAGCAUCCUUCUCGGGGACUCAGCCGAGCCGGCCACGCCGCCAAAAUGACCCUCAACUCCUCUGUUGACGAUGGUAUCAGAAGAAUCCAGGACGACUGUCCCAAGGCAGGCAGACACAGUUACAUCUUCAUCAUGAUCCCCACGUUGUACAGCAUCAUCUUCGUGGUGGGCAUCUUUGGGAACAGCCUAGUGGUGAUCGUCAUCUACUUCUACAUGAAGCUGAAGACUGUGGCCAGCAUCUUCCUCCUGAAUUUGGCGCUGGCCGACCUGUGCUUCUUACUGACCCUGCCGCUCUGGGCCGUCUACACCGCCAUGGAGUACCGCUGGCCCUUCGGCAAUUACCUGUGUAAGAUUGCUUCGGCCAGCGUGAGCUUCAACCUCUAUGCCAGCGUGUUCCUCCUGACGUGUCUCAGCAUCGAUCGCUACCUGGCCAUUGUUCACCCCAUGAAGUCCCGUCUCCGGCGCACAAUGCUGGUAGCCAAAGUCACCUGCAUCACCAUUUGGCUGCUGGCUGCCUUGGCGAGUUUGCCGGCCGUGAUCCACCGAAACGUGUUUUUCAUCGAGAACACCAAUAUCACCGUGUGUGCUUUCCACUACGAGUCCCAGAAUUCAACCCUCCCCGUGGGCAUGGGCCUGACCAAGAACAUCCUGGGCUUCUUGUUUCCGUUUCUGAUCAUUCUGACGAGCUACACUCUCAUCUGGAAGACCCUCAAGAAGGCCUAUGAGAUUCAGAAGAACAAGCCGAGGAACGACGACAUCUUUAAGAUCAUCAUGGCCAUUGUCCUCUUCUUCUUCUUCUCCUGGGUCCCGCACCAAAUCUUCACCUUUCUGGACGUGCUCAUUCAGCUGGGCAUCAUCCGCGACUGCCACGUGGCGGACAUUGUGGACACCGCCAUGCCCAUCACCAUCUGCAUAGCGUAUUUUAACAACUGCCUCAACCCCUUCUUUUACGGCUUCCUGGGGAAAAAGUUCAAGAAGUAUAUUCUCCAGCUUCUGAAAUACAUCCCUCCGAAGGCCAAGUCCCACCCCAGCCUGUCCACCAAGAUGAGCACACUGUCCUACCGCCCCUCGGAGAACGCGAGCUCCUCCACCAGGAAGCAGGUGCCCUGUUUUGAGAUUGAGUGAAACACCCACCGCCGGUCUGCGAGGCAACCUUGCGAAAGAGAGAAGAAAAACAUCCCUAUCCUAGAGAGCAUUAUGUCCCUUCAGCAUUUGAGGAGGUAAUGGAUCAUGUGGCUUGAACCCGUUUUUCUACAGCUCAGAACAUAUGCUCCUCUUUCCCUUUGCCUCAGACAAAGCAAAGCUACCUUGUGUGUCGUUCCGCAGCAGAUAAGAAGUCUUGUUGGAGUUAUGGUUUUUAAGCCCUCGACUGCUGACCCAAAGGUUGGGCCUGGGCACCUCCCUGCCAUUCCAAGAGAGAAGAGGUUCGAGUGUGCUAUCGUGAUGCACAGCCUUGGAAGCCUCUGGGGUCCGGUCUACGCUGCCCGGUGGUGCUCUGUGCGCUGACUCCACAGCAAGGGACGGGGCUGGCGCUUUUUGCAUGAAUGAGCAGCGGCCCCUCCCAGAAAGAUGUUAGCCGCAGGAUGAAUGUGUCGGCUGGGAAUGUUUUACUGGCAGAAGUGCAACACACAC